UUCAAGAAUUUUAAUAAGUGUCUGCUCGAGCCGAAGAACUUGCAGGGUGUUUUUUUCGCAGUCAUUACUGGAGGAAUAUUACACGUACAGAAAGCCUCAUGAACUGAGAGUGAACAGACUUACAAUAUCAGCAACUAAACAGGGGUGUGAGAGUGUGUGCAUGUGUGCGUAUGUGUGCCUGUGCAAAGAAAGCACGCACACAUACACCUACUAUCUUGGCACCAGUGACCAUGGCAGAAUAUGGCUGGGGAAUUGCAGAACCACUUGCUGCUAGAGCUCGAGCAGAACUGAAUGAAAUUCCUGAAAACAUGCCUGCUGCACUAGCAGCAGUUCGAUCUCAGAUGGCUUCAAGACCAGACAUUGAAUUCUUGCGCUCUGAUGAUGCUUUCCUACUGCGUUUUCUUCGAGCUCGUAAGUUUAAUUCUGAGGAGGCAUUUCGACUUUUUGCACGUUAUUUUGAAUAUCGUCAAACAAACAAGAAUCUCUUCAAAAAAUUUCAGGCUUCAGAGCCAGGAAUCAAAGAUGCUCUUUUAGAUGGUUUGCCUGGUGUUUUACCAGGAACAGAUCAUCGAGGACGUCGAAUUAUUGUCUUGUAUUCUGCAAACUGGGACAAUACUCGCUAUGGACUGGCAGCAAUAUAUCGUGCAAUUUUGCUGACACUCGAGAAACUUAUUGACGAUGAGUCAACACAGAUCAAUGGAUUUCUUGUGAUUGUUGAUUGGAGUGAAUUCACUUUCAAGCAGUCAUCAUGGCUGAACCCUCGAAUUUUAAAACUCAUGAUUGAAGGUUUACAGGACUGCUUUCCUGCAAGGUUUACUGCUAUUCAUUUUGUCAACCAGCCGUGGUAUAUUGAGGCCAUCUUUAAAAUGCUGAGACCCUUUUUGAAAGAAAAAAAUCGCAACAAGAUCAUCAUGCAUGGCAUCAAUCUAACAACCCUUCAUCAACAAGUCCGCAAGGAGGCUUUACCUGCAGAGCUUGGGGGAACACAAGCACCCUACAAUAAUAAAUCAUGGGCCCAGACUCUUCUUGGUGAUGAAACAUUCAGCUUUGGGGAUCAGCACAUCUACUGGCCUAGUCGUACACCACCACCUCACAAACCACCUACCAGUCGUUCAGAAACAUUUCCAAUGGACCAGUUCUCACAUCGGGAUAAUGACCAAACACAAAAGGGAACAUACCUAGAUGAAGAGUUUUUUCUGAUUGACUGACCCUGGUUUUUAUUUAUUUUUUGUCUUUCAUCAUAUGUGCCAUAGGUUUGCAUCUCUUUGGUAAAUGCUUAUAAAUAUAUAAAAAGCAUUUAUAUCAACUGUUUUAAUUUAUUCAUCGGUGCUUGACGGGAACAUUCAAAGCUGAGGCUAGCACAUAGUUUUCCAUGCUUGCAGUGAUUAUAGUAUUAGGCUGUUACUUGAAGACUGUCCUUUGUUUGAGGAAGUUUGUACAAUUAUUCAUUCACAUGAAAAUGUUUGUAAAACUGUACAAUAUGUAUGUUAAGGAGAAAAGCAGAUAGAAGGUAAAAAAUGGAUGGACUUGGAUGAUUUUUUUUAUUUUAUUUAUUCGCUGCAUUAAAGUGGCAAGUGCUUGAAGACUGAGGGGCAGAUAAACCUGAACUCGCCAAUGUGAAAGUACUCAGUGGUUUCAUACAAAACCUCAAGACAAAUGGGAACAUUGUGACUAUGUUGUUGGAACAUAUGCCAUUAAGACUGAAAAAAACCCCAGAGAACAUAAUUGUGAAUGGUGUUACAGGAAUAUAAAAUGCAGCAAAUUUUUAUGUUUUCAUAAGAAGGUCUUCAUGUUUAUUGUUACAGAAUCUAGAGACUCAAAACAUUGCAACAGAUUUGUCUUGCAGAAUGCCUAGUGUUGCUUGCACUACAUCAUCAUCAUCAUGAUGAUACAUCACCAAAAAUGGUUGUGGUAUAAUGUUCUGGUUUUCAGUGUAAUCUCUUGUUCCAGAAACUUGGUGCUUAGCUGUAUUCACUUUAACAUAGUUCACUUGUUUAGAUUUUCUUCCAUUACUGCAGAUAUGCUGGGUUUAGUUUGUUAUUUACAGAGAGAAUUCUGCUUAUGUUGCAGCAGAAUGAUUUAAUUUUAUGAUCUUAUUAGCUUGAGGUCAUAGAAUCUUGCCUAACUUUUCUGACCUGCUCAGGCAGAGUGUUAAAAGAUCUGUGUCUCUGCUGGUCCCCUUAAACCACUCAAAUUAUGAAUAUCAUAUAGGUAAGUGAGCAAAAUUCUGCCUAAGGGCUUAAGUUUGACAUUAAAAUUUAGAAUUUUAGAAUUGAGCCAACCAGUCUGCUGGUUAUAAUUGUGGACAGUUUGUUGGGAAGGGAAAAAAUUUGUGGUCGUCACUUUUUUCUUUCUCUUCAGUGAUCAUUGUUCACUGCAGUGUUCACAAGUAAUUAUCUUAUAACUUGCAGAGCAGAAUUAAUGUACACAAAGCCUUAAUUAAUCUGUGGAAGGGAGAUCAAAAGUUUUGAAGUCUGGUAUCUGGUAUAUGAAUAUUAUAUACUAUGAAGUAAUUUACUACGUUCUUAUUGGAUAUGCUGCAAACGUGUUUGCUAAGUCUUUUGUCUCAUACACAUGCAUAGAUGCACAUGUUUGUUUGGGUGUGUGAGAGAGAUAGGGGUUGGGUAUGCAUCUGGGUAAAGGUAAAUUUUCUCAUGUAGGAAAGCUUACUGUAAUGCAGUAAAAGGCUAGCCACUAUUUAUUUCAAACCUAAUUCUGUAGAGUCAAGGACAUUUUGUAGACAUAUGCUGUCUGUUUUCAUGACAUUUGCCGAUAUCAAUUUUUUGUUGUUGCUGAAAAUCUUUCACUUCCUUGCUUUGAUAAAGUGAUGGAUGUCUUGGGAGGGGGGGGGGGGGAGUCAUUUCAGAGAAUACUCAUGUGCUUCUAGAAGAUCCCAAAUGGUGUGGCAUAGAAGCAAGAGAUUGGUUGUACCGACUGUACGAGUGAGGGGCGAGUCAGAUAUGGUAUCAAGUUCGUUUCUGUUCUUCAGUCUUAAAGUGUCUUUAUCUUUAUUAGAUUUCUUUCACUUAUUUGAAAGAAGAACGAACUGAAUGCUGUUGUAAAAGUGAAGGACCGAAAUUCCCGAGUGAUAAGGUUGAUGAGGACUGCUUAAUGCUUUCUCGGUAUGUGUGGUUAACAGAAAUGUACUGAAACUUUUUUUUAUAAUCUUAUACUGGUUUUACAAAUAUCCUUUUGGUCAAUCUAUCUUUUAUUUGGAGUCACUAUUUUAACUUUAAUUCAUUAUAGGGAAAUGUUUUUUCAGUUUCCUGGAGUUGUGCAAGUUUUGUGUUUUGUAUUCUUAUUUUGUAACAAAAGGCAUCCCUUUUUAUGCCUUUUUUUUAAAGGUGUUGUUGAUCUCAUUCUUUUUUUGUGACAAACUUGAUGCAUUUUGUGUGAAAUUUUAAAGUUUGUAUUGUCUUGGUGUGUUUGGCUUUUCUAAAUGCAGUCUCAUUUUCCCCUUGCCAAAUGAUUAUUGAUGUGUUGAUUUUGUAUCUGAUGGUUAGCAUGAGACAUACGUUUGCUUUCAUAAGAUACAUUUUUCAUUUGGUUACAUUUAAUGUAACAUUGAUUAUUUUUGGACUGCUUUUAACUAAGUACUGUUUAAUGUGAAUGACAAAGGCUAAAAUCUAAGACUGAUAGUUAAUUAUUUAAGAAUAUGAUUCGCCUUUUUGACUGCUGAAGGUGUGAAAAUAGUUUUGAGAAGAUGAUGACUUAAGGAUUAAGUAGUGUUAAUGUUUAUAGCAUGUUAAUGGCAAAAAUCAUUGCAUAAUGAUAAAACUUUAUUGCACAGACAGCAAAAAGUUGUUGCAUAAUUAUGAAACUUUAAUAGAUGAUGAAAUGUUUUAGUGGGACUUUCAGCUAUACCUUACAUUUAUUUCCUGGAUGGUGGAGAACUUGCUGUAUAGUGAUAUCAAAGUGCUCCUUGUAAAAUACAUUAUAAAAGAACAUAAAGGAGGAUUUCUAAUUAUAUUCAAGGAGCAUGUCCUGAAUAAAAAGGUGAACUACUGCUGUUCACAUCUACAACUUAUAAAGGCAGGAGAGGAUCAAUUUUGUGGAAAAAGAAACAACCCAAAUUUAUAGGUAAUUCUACAUAUAUUAUUAAUACUACCCUGGAAGUCUUGUGGGAUUUAUCUAUCAUGUUACUCACAAAAGUAUGUGAGUUUCAUUAUGCAUUUUUUUCAAAAGAAUCUUUGAAAUUAUGAAUUGAAUUGAUCUAGUCAUCUUAGGAAUUUCAUUUCCCCUCUGUGAUUUUGACUCUUUGUUAUUAUGUUGUACACAUUUGUGCUAUUCCUGCUGAUGCAUUGCUUUUUAAACAGUGCCAGUAUUUUAUGAGCAUGUUUGAAUCCUUAAGGGGUCUCUUAAUGUCAGAAGUACAUGUGUGUGGAUGCAUUGAUGUGCAGUUGAAUGGGUGUGUUAUGAAACAUAAACACUUGCACUUAUUCAUAGGGGAAUAAGCACUUAUUUACACUUACACAUUUAUUCAUAUAUGCUAACAUUUGCUGUUAAGGUGGCGUGAAAAAUUUGAUUUUGAUGCAAGAAAGUUGACCGGUAUUGAUUUAACUAUUAAUAAAAUAGUGGAAAAGAUUUCACAAAACAUUUUCAUAGACAUAAUCUUCAUCUCAUUUUUAUUGCCUUAAGAGGCUUCAGAGGGAGUGUACUUCAGUGCAGCUUGAUCUUUUGUCUGCUGCUUGCUAGUUUCUGUGGUAUGUGUUGAUCCUCAGUGUGUGCUUGGGGUGGUCUGGUGGCGCAACUGUCACCUAUACAGUGAAGGUUGGUUGUCCUGGGUUCAGCUCUCGUCUUGGACGUGCUGUUCUUUCUCUGCAUGUGGUGUCUUUUUACAGGCUGGCUGCCUCACUGUGUAAUUUCCUUAGUUGCUGGCAGGGAGUAAAACACCAAUCCUCCCACCCCACCCCAUUGUGUUUGAUAUUUUGUGGUUGCAGUAGCAGUUUAUACUAUGGUCUUUCUGUAUUUAUGUGUAGUUGUACAUUUUAAGCAAGGGUAGAGAGAUGAAAGUUGUUUUUUCACUUCAUGCAGUAUUUCUUUUCUGUUUUUUAUGAUUUUAUUGUGUCAGCAGGCACUGCAAUAUUCAGAUGUGAAAUUUUUUCAUUUGGUGCUGAUUGUUGCAAUGCAUAGUGUCCCGAUAGAUCAUUUGCUCAAGGACUUUCCAAGGUUAUACAAAAGUACUUAACAUUUUUAAGCAUUCAAGCAAAUGAAAGUAUUCCGAACAUUUUGAAAUACAUGUUAUUGAAUGCACAUUUUCCGAUGCACAGUAUUAUGCUUUUUGUUGCCUUUUUCAUCACUCUUGUUUUGCAGAUUUUACAACCUGUACAUCUAGCUUUUUGCAAAAAAUAUUGCCAGUUUAUUGUUAGAGUGUUUUAUUUUUUUUACAUCAAGUAUUGUGCUUAUUUAAUUCUAAAAUAGCCAACCAUGUUAAAUACAAACCCAUCUUGCCAUAAUCACUAAUUAUAAAUAGACCUCAAUACUAUGUCAAUGAUAUUAACUUUCCAAUCUAAAGUACAAGUGAUAUGAAAUUUGGGAAUUAUUCCAGGUUCUUAAACUACAUUCAAUUAAGAAUAUUACUUUGAAGUAAGUGGUCUAAAAUGGUAUGUCACUAGCGAUUAGUAAUUUACAUACAUGACAAUCUUUCAGAAAAUUUUAAAUCUUUGACUCAUCAUUAUAAGAACCUUAUAUAAAUGUGCAAUCUACAUUCAUGCGUACACAGUGAUUUUGCUGAGUAUGCUUAUUCUGAAAAUAAAAUUCUGCAUUUUCUAAACCCAUCCUAGCCUCCUCUUAUAAUUUCCUCCCUUCUAAAAAGGAUGAAUGAGAUGUAUGCAUUAGAUAAAUCAAAACUUUACGUGUGAAGGAAACUUCCUGAAUUUUAAAAUUCACGUAUUACUACAGCUUGCAUAGAUCACGUGAUGGUUUAAAGGCCAGAAGAUGCAGCGUGGAGCUACUUAAAAUGUUUGCUAUGAUAAUCUAUUGAUUACAAUUUCUAGUUAACUUAAAUAAUUGCUCUUCUGUCAUUAUGUCACAACUAAACUGAAUUUGGCUUUGUUUUCAAUAAUAAAAUAACAUUUUCUUCUAUAAUUAUUUAAAGUCUUCAAUAUUUAUUUAAAUUGUUACACUUUUCAAUUCAUUUUACUGUUCUUUGAUAAGUAAAAUAUCUGCUAGGUUCACAAAGAGUAAACUUAAUUUUUAAAAAUAUAGCAAGCAAGGAAUUAUUAUGUUCAUACAAAUAUAAGGUAUACAAAAACUGUUUUUUUUUUUUUUUUGGCCAUUUUUAUAUUCUUCAGGUAAAUACCAAUAUGAUGGGAUCUUAAACUUCUUAUGGAUUUGGAUAUGUGUUGUUACUUUUGUAGAAGAAAGUGUAGCACAUGGCGUCAAGUUUUAAAAUUAGAGCUGGCUCAAGAAGACUGCUUUCAAUUGUGUGAGGCCAAGCUUUUUAGUUGUGAGCUUUACACUUAAUGUCCAUGGCUUCACACCAUUUGCUCAGUUAAGAGUGUUGAAAAGAUAAUAACAAUGAGAACGAUUUUGUUUUUAAAAGGAUCAGGUAGCAGUCUUGUCUUUCAUUUCUAUUUGCUGUAGUCAAAACAUCUAGGAUAACCAUCCACCAAAAUAAAUGCCUAUCACCUUGGGUGUACACAGCUCCCAAAGUUGUAAAACCUUUUGCCUUUGGCCCCUUUAAGAAUAAAAAAUAUGUUUGUUUAAGCUA